AUGAACUCAACUAGUUCAAACAAACAAGGGGGCAAACAACGUAAACGUCUACUCUGUCCCCGAGCCACAUAUGGACAUUAUGCCUAUGUUCCUCCCGAACAGCAUCAUUACAUUUCCGAUUCCACUCGAACGUCCAUUCGACUUUCAGAGUUUGUUGACACGGACUCGGAUUCUGACUCAGAUAACGGUGGAGAGGGUCCAAUGAUAGUGGACAAGUCUAACCCUGCUGCGCCCGAUCCCGCUCUCCAAGACUUUACGCGGAAGCUCAAGUCUCAUCUCCGUCGACGACUUUUGAGUUUGGAGUAUGACGGUGACGACAUGCAGUUCACCGACGAGGAACUUGUAAACGUUGCCAUCGAGAAAGAUGCCCUCUACACUCAUGCUACUCUUCGAGUGAACUUUACCACUUAA